AUGUUCACCAGGACAGGUCUCAGGCUCGCAACACUCGCUCGGCCCGCACUCAGCGCUGCCGCACUGAAGCCACGCGCUGUCGCAGCACGUGCUUUCGCUUCAGGGGCAGCUGAUGGGGUAUCGGCAGGGAUUGGGUUUGGGUUGAACGAGGAGCAGAGGGAGUUGCAGGAAUUGGCCAGGAAGUUUACGCUGAACGAGAUUAUUCCGAAGGCCGCCCACCACGACAGGACCGGCGAAUACCCAACAGAGAUCCUAAAGAAGAUCUGGGAGGUCGGACUUCUGAACCUCCACAUUCCCGAGACCUACGGCGGUCUCGGCUUGGGCGUGUUGGACUGCGCUAUCGUGACAGAAGAGCUCGCCUACGGAUGCACGGGUAUCCAGACCGCGGCUGAGGCGAACGGUCUCGCUCAGGCCCCCGUUAUCCUUGCUGGAAACGACGCGCAAAAGAAGAAGUACCUGGGCCGUAUGACCGAGGAGCCCCUUAUGUGCGCUUACGGUGUUACUGAGCCUGGCGCUGGAUCUGAUGUCGCUGGGCUGCAGACGCGGGCUGUCAAGAAGGGUGACAAGUGGAUUAUCAACGGAAGCAAAAUGUGGAUCACCAACGGCGGCAAAGCCAACUGGUACUUUGUCCUCGCCCGCACCGACGAAAAAGCCUCUACGGGCAAAGCCUUCACCGGUUUCAUCGUCGACGGCAAUUCGCCCGGGAUCACCAUCGGCAAGAAGGAAAUCAACAUGGGUCAACGCGCCUCCGACACCCGCGGUCUGACGUUCGAGGACGUCGAGGUCCCUGUUGAGAAUGUAUUGGGAGAGGUCGGCGCGGGGUUCAAGAUUGCGAUGGGGGCUUUUGAUAUUACGAGGCCGUUGGUUGCUGCUGGGGCUGUGGGGCUUGCCAGGCGUGCGUUGGAUGAGGCUGCUAAAUACUCCCUUGAACGCAAAACAAUGGGCAAGCCCAUCGCCACCCACCAAGCCGUCGCCUUCAUGCUCGCCGACAUGGCCAUGGGCGUCGAAGCCUCCCGCAACAUGACCUGGAAAGCUGCAUGGCUGCGCGACCAAGGCCACAAAAACACCUACUGGGCAUCCAUGGCCAAGGCGUUCGCGUCCGAGGUGGCUAAUAAGAACGCGGCGGAUGCGGUGCAGAUCUUUGGAGGAAAUGGGUUCAAUUCGGAGUAUCCAGUUGAGAAACUUAUGCGUGACGCCAAAAUCUUCAUGAUCUACGAAGGCACGUCCCAAGUACAACGCCUUGUCAUCUCCCGGACCGUGCUGGACGCCGCAAAGGCCGGCGAUGUGUACAUCUAG